AUGGCUUCCAAGGAAAAAACCCAUAUUCCCGGGGCCAGGGGACUAUUAUUCGGACUGCGCGUUGCACAAUUACUGCUCGCAAUGGCCAUACUUGGUCUUUCGGCUUAUGGAUUAUAUUGGCUCAUCUUUGCCCAAGAGCGCAUUGUGUUCUAUUCCCUUGGAUUCAUCUACAUGGCCGCUAUGUCGAUCGUCAUCUGCUUCUAUGUGAUGUUGGCGAGUACGGCAGUACCCGUCAUAUACAACUACUGGGCGGUACUCGGGCUCGAUAUUUUGGCUUCGCUGCUUUGGCUCGUGGCUUUCCCUUUCUUCGCCCCGGAUAUUGUGGCUAGGAUUAUUGCAAACAAGCCUAAUAUCGAUUAUAUGGACGAUUCAGUUUCAUUGCCUCCAAUAGAGGAGGAGAUGGGGGAUUUUGUAAUCGAUAAUUGGGAGACGUAUAGGAAUGUUAUGAUUGCAACUUUUGCAUUGUCUGCUGUGGAGUGGUGCCUUUUCAUGGUGACCUUUGUCAUUCUGGUGAAAUGCAUCCAUCGCCACCGCAAAGAUGGAGGCCAUUGCAUGUCCGGUUCCGCAGCCCCUAGAAAGGAUGAGGUGGAGACAAAAUUUGUGCCCCAACACAAUAUGAAGAUUACGAAGCAAAGUCAACCUGAGGUCUACCAUCCGCCAGUCACUCAAUGUAGUGUUCACCUACCGUAG